AUGCCAGUAAACAGCCGAAGGGCACACUCGUCGCCGACACUUGACUGGACGAUCCAGAAUGCCGCCGAUCAGGCUGCGUUGUCCUCCCGUCUGGAGCUGAAUUCCAGCACUCUUGUCCAAUUCGGCCUCUUACAUGGAGCUUCGGACUCCCUUUCGAAUCGAAAUGAUGCUAUGAGCCUUUUUUCUUUCAAGAGAUUAACAACGCGACAAGUGCUGCACCAGCAGACGUCGCCGACCAGUGGAUACGUCGAUCUGGCUAGGUCUUCUGUAUACAGUUCGGAUUCCGAUUGGUGUCGAACAGAGGACGAAUUAAAUCAGAGUUUAGGAAUGUCAGUGCUUUUUAGGCGACUGGCACUCGUGGUAGAGUGGCGUCGCGAGAAUAUGUCGAAGUGA